CUUCCUGUUCCUUCCUCUUCGUGACGACGGGCAGUCUUCAGGGAAGGUCGAACCAUGGGUGCUGCACCAUCCACGCCUGCAACCCCUGCGACUACUCCAGUUGCAACGUCUCCAGUAGACGAAACUCGGACACCAGUGGAAGCGCCUGCAAAGGAUGGUAAAGGAGGAGCAGGUUCCGAGGUGCCCAACACCUUCAGACCUCGUUAUCUUUACUAUCGUCUCUAUCAAGCAGAUGGCGCAAUUGAAUCAAGAAGCCCCGCCUACCUCAACGACCAUUUCCUCGGCCGUAUCUUAUCCAAAGCCGUCACACCUCCCCAUACCGCCGCGUCUCUUAAGAAUUACAUAUGCAAGAUUGAAGGAUUUUCGGGAGUGAACAUAUACUCAUCGCUUACAAGCCCAACCGCCCUGAAUGAUGGCGCUCGCAUUGCUAUCAUGAGCUAUUCCGGACCGGGUUCGUACGAGAAAGAGCCCAUGUUUUUACUCGUCAUUAGUGCCGAGAGACGGACGUCCAGUGGCUUUCCGCAACCUUCGGUGACCCUCGAGAAUCCGGCCAAUUCGCAGUACAUCCACUAUCGUUUCUAUAAUCAAGACGGCGAGACUCCUUCGAAAGCAUGCUUUGACGAAGAAGAUACAGCUUUAGGGCGCAUCCUUGCACUGUCCAUCGCGCCCCCUUUCAACGCUGCCUCAUUGACACGCCGGCUUGUUAGAGCAGAAGGCAUCAAUAACAACAGCAAGUCAUUGCAGCUGUUCGAGAAUAUAAGCAGUGACGAGCCCAUGAACGAUAGCGAUGAUAUAUCUAUACUCAGCGAUCGGUAUCCAGGAUACACCGUGGAUGAACCGAUGGCCUUCAUUAUUCGCGAUUCAAGUUCCCUGAUUCCCGAGUCACCAGAAGUACCGACUGUCCAGUAUCCGGGGUACACAGCGGAUGAUGCAGAACCGAUGGAGCCACCAAAAAUACUAACUCGUUUCUUGUUUAGGUUCAAAGCUAUUUCAUCUUUUGAAUCCCCUCAAGAUCAUCCCACUUGGUUAAGGGUUGUCAAGGGCGAAAAUUUGACCUCGGACGGCGUCGAGAUUAAGAUGGUCGAUUUCAGGAAGGGGACAUUCAACGGUUACAUGAUGAGAAACUCAGCUGGUGAAGAGGGAUUCGUGUUGUACUGUAAUUUAGGGCGUUUCGACAGCCAUAAUCGUAUAUCUAUAUUGACUUGA